CGUCAGAAGCGGAAGCGGCCGUGCCGCGUGGGGUUGGCUGCGGCCGCCGCUCCUGGACGUCCAUCGGUCCGUGUGCCGAUCGAGAUCGCGGCCAUGGCCGUCCGCGCCAGCUUCGAGAACAACAACGAGCUGGGCUGCUUCGCCAAGCUCACCAACGCCUACUGCCUGGUGGCUAUCGGCGGCUCCGAGAACUUCUACAGCGUCUUCGAGGGAGAGCUCUUCGAGACCAUCCCGGUGGUGCACGCCUCCAUCGCCGGCUGCCGCAUCAUCGGCAGGAUGUGUGUGGGGAACAGGCACGGGCUCUUGGUGCCAAGCAGUACAACAGACCAGGAGCUGCAGCACAUCCGCAACAGCCUCCCAGAUUCCGUGCGAAUUCAGCGAGUGGAGGAGCGGCUCUCGGCGCUGGGCAACGUCACCACCUGCAAUGACUACGUAGCUCUUGUUCAUCCGGACCUGGACAGGGAAACUGAAGAGAUCUUGGCAGAUGUACUGAAGGUUGAAGUUUUCAGACAAACAGUAGCAGAUCAGGUGCUGGUAGGAAGUUACUGUAUAUUUAGUAACCAAGGAGGAAUUGUGCACCCCAAAACUUCCAUUGAGGAUCAGGACGAACUGUCUUCAUUGCUGCAGGUCCCACUUGUGGCUGGAACGGUAAACCGUGGCAGUGAGGUCAUUGGAGCAGGAAUGGUUGUAAAUGAUUGGUGUGCCUUCUGUGGGCUGGACACAACCAGCACUGAGCUCUCGGUCAUUGAGAGCAUCUUCAAGCUGAAUGAAGCUCAGCCAAGUACUAUUGCUACCAACAUGAGAGAUUCCUUGAUAGACAGCUUGGCGUGAGCAGUGUUGGUUCGUGCCAUUCAAGAAGCUCCUAAGGAGUGAAGAGUCAAGCUGCAGUUUGGAUUGCAGACCUCUAGACCUUUGUUUCUGCAGGACUGGCGCCAGGAAGAGGCUACCAAAACACCACCUUUUUUGUAAUGUUUUGUAAGCUAAAUAUUAUUGCAAAAAAAAAUGGCAAAUAACUGACACGAGUUCCAAAUAUGGAAUGUUCUCCA